AUGAAUUCGAUUGUGACUCUUAACGUUGGUGGUGUACACUAUGUUACUACAAAAGACACACUUUUGAAACAUAAAGGUUUCUUCUCAGGUCUCUUCAGUGAUAAUUUUUCAAUUACUCUUGACUGUAACAAUAACACUUUCGUUGAUCGAAAUGGAGAGUUAUUUAAAUAUGUACUUGAAUUUUUAAGAAACAAUGCUUUACCAAAAAGAUCUCUUUCCAAUAAAGCAUUGCUCGAGGAGUUAUUGCAAGAAGCUGAAUUUUAUUGUAUUGAAGAUCUUAUCACUGAAAUAAAUUCUAUAUUAAAUACCGUACAAAAUAAUGAACAAGGUGAUGUUAAGAUAAGAAUUGGUGAACUCGGAGAUUACUUGAAAAAAGGUUUUCAUGUAAUUGGAAAAGGAAUGGAACUCAUCCGUUAUCAUAUAUGUCCUCAUAGACAUGAUCCUCCACGAAUUGGGAUUAAUGAAUAUUUUGAUUCUGAGUGCAGGCAUUCUCAUGUUAAAUUAGUAGAGGACUGUGUACCCUUUUUGGUAGUGUCAACCAGUUUACCUGUAGGUCCCAUAUUUGAUUUAUCUUCGGGGAUAAAAAUGGAAGAACAAAAAGUCAUUUCUUGUCUUUGA